UGGAUAAAAAUAUGAUUUUGUGGAUCUUGAAGUGUUUUUUUAUCAGUUGUAAAAGCUGAUAAAUUGAUAAGAAUCAAGAAUCUCACGUUUUAUUAGCAAGGUGUCCCAACAAGUUUGUUUACUUUAAGAUGGUCAAUUAAUAAACAACAAAAUGGAAGUUUGUUUUAUGUUCGGUUGUAUAUUUGAAACGAUGAUAUUUCACCGAGUAUAAUAAACAAAACUUGUUAUGAUUAGUAAUGAAAAUAUGUCUGAGAAUCAGUUCAGUACUGUCUUAAGCUGUCUUAAGAAUACAGAUCUUUUUUGUGUUUUUAUAUAUUCAUGAACGAGGAAACAAGGCCAAAAUGAUCAUUACUGAAACAGUUUUCAUCACAAUAAUAUUAUAAUUUUGGUUUUGAUUAGCCAAUUUAAAAAAAUACAAAUUUUUUAUCUAACGAAGAAACUCUUUUGUUUAUAAUAACUAGAAGUUAUUUUUUCUUGGCAUUGAAAAGUACACAAUUUAUUGGUCAGUUCCUUUUGGAAAAAACGUCAUUAAUAAUCCUCUAGGUUUGUUGUGUCUGUUUUUUAAUUAGCAGUGAAGAAUGAUUACAGAAUUAGAAACAGCAUUAAAGGACAAUCCUAACAUCGAUAAUGGAGAAGAAAGUGAGGAUUUCAUAUCUGAAACUCUCAGGCCUGAAAUAUGGAAAUCUUACCUUGACAUUUCGACGAAAUCUAUCUUCUUUGAUGAAAUAUUUGACUUGCCGGAACAGUCCAUUCUUCGACAGGACUGCCAAAAUUUUGUAGCAAAGUUAGGCAAUGUCGAAGAGGAAAAAGUAUCAGUUCUGUCAGACCUUGAAUCGAUUCUUACCUACCAUAGGAAAUCUAUUAAUAAGCCUUAUGAAACUGGAAACGGAUGGAUUGAACUCCUUUUGCCUCUCAUCGCCCUGAAAUUGCCAAGAUCAGAUACUUAUCUUCUGUUCGAAGCAGUAGUCACUAAGUACGUUCCAAGAGGGCCAUCAAUCCACCACCUCUUCAAUUUAAUUCUGCUCUAUCACGAUCCUAGCCUUUAUUCUUUCUUGGACACUAAAAGGAUAACACCUGAACAAUAUGCUACAACUUGGUUUCAGACCUUAUUCGCAGGAAGUUGUAGCCUUCCAGCAGUAACUCUAAUGUGGGAUCUGUACUUUCAACAAGGAGAUCCAUUUUUUAUCCUUUUUCUCGGCCUUGUCAUGAUAAUAAAUGCCAGGGAUUCAAUUUUACUUUUAAAAGACAAAACCAAAGAUGUGAUCGUCAAUACAUUAUCAGCCUUGCCUUCAUCCCUUCAAGAAAGUGAUGUUCAAGAUUUUUGCUCUCUGGCACAAAAUUUCUCCUGUAGGACGCCUGGUUCUUUCCGACAGGAUUUAGAAAGAGUGUUGUUUGAUGACGAGGAUUGCCCAGCAGCUACAAAAGCCAUCACUCAAGCACUCUGCUUGCCUGUGAAUGUGUCUGAGCUGGUUGAUAAUAUAUUCAUGCCACAGGAACUCAGUGUUGACAAUGUCCGUUUUUUUCUUGUCGAUUGCAGAUCGGCAGAACAGUAUAAUGCCGGGCAUCUUCCGACUGCAUUCCAUCUAGAUUGCAAUUUGAUGCUACAAGCAGGAGAUGUAUAUAAAAUGGCAGUACAAGGUUUAUUGUCCGCUCAGAAGCAAGCACUAGACGCAGGUUCAACUGCAGGCGGUGAACAUCUUUGUUUUAUGGGGUGCGGUUAUUUAGAACAAGAUCAAUAUACACACAUGGUAGUUGCAUCUUUCUUGAGAGAUUCUGCUCAGUAUGUAUCCAUUCUCAAUGGUGGAUACCAUGCGUUACACCAGUACUUUGGAGAUUCUAUCGAUCAGAUGUUAGCCGAUCAUAAUGGAGAAGCUUGCAUUGUCUGUCUUCAGAACUCUCCAAAAAAAGAAAACCAGGUUUCUAAUUCGCAAGGCAUCCAAUCACCAUCGAGGGAUUUGUUUGAGAAAAUAGGAGCUGUCGUCAAAUCGAAGAGUGUUGAAGUCAAAGAUAAAUUAUUGGAGUAUAUUGUCAACCCUGGAGCUAGCGAUGUAGAAAGGCAUGUGAAAUCGACUGACAAAAAGGGGAGGAGGUAUCGGAAUGUAGCUCCAGUUUUCAGCAUAGAUGACGAACAAGAGCCUCAAGAUUUAGAAUGGGAUGUGCAGGAAGAAGAUGAAUAUGAAUUUAAAUUAGUUUCUCUAUCAUCUUGGAGAGAAAGAAAUGAUAUAAUAGCGAUAUUUGAAUGUUAUGAAACGAAAUCGAAUCAAGAGACUUACAAAAGUGAACUUCUUAUAAGCAAGACACACAUAUAUGUUCUGAGGCAUACAAAUAAAAAGAAUACAGCAAAAUUAGUCGUGCGAAAGCCUUUAACGUCCAUAGUGAAAAUAACUAGUAAAAAGCGUUGCGAGGGACUUAUUACUUUUAAGUAUGGAUCUUCUAAAGAUGGAAACUUGGUCAUACAGGAUAUGGACAGUUUUUACAUCCCACAGUCUAAACAGGCAACAACAAUAAUCAUGAACCAGAUAUGCGAGAGGUUUAAGGAACUGAAAGAGAAAGGUGAUUCGGAAGAUUCAUAACAAACGUUAGCAACCAUCAAUUAACCAAAAACUACCAUAUUUUUAAUAAUUAAUAAGUACUUAAGUAAAAGAUACACUGGAGAGGUAUUAUUUGUAAAUGUAAUUUGAUUGUGUACAUAAUUUUAAACAGUGUAUAAUAAAGAGCUAGUUUAUUUUGUGCCAAUUCUGUAUAAAAAAGAUUUUUCCCCCUUACUUGAAAUAAAAGCUAUACCACUUAAAUAUUUUGUUCUCGUUUGGUUAAUUUUAAAAUUACGCAGUAUUUAAGUUUGUUAAUUUUUAAACAAUCUAAAUGAUUUAUUCAAUGUGUUUAUUAAUGUUUUGUCUGUACAAAAUUCAUUCCAUCUUGUAAAGUGAACAGAUUUUUCUAACAAAUAUUGUUUUCUUUAUCACCUUGUAAUUGUAAUUGUAAAGAUAAUAAAUUGUUCAUUAUCUUUUAAUAUAGAUUUUUUUGUAGUAUAAUAAAGGGAACCUUAUUAAGCACCUGUUGUCAUAUUUUAUCUGCAGUGUUUUCCAAUUAAUGUUUAAAUAUAAAAUUAUUGAGUAAUUGAGGAUUCGUACGUAUAAAAUGUGGCAUAAACUUCUCUGAAUGAUUAAGACUUAUUUUGUGAGAGUGGAAAAAAAUUAGUAGCCCUUUCAAGGAACUGUAAUUAUUACAAAGAUACAUGUAUUAGUUUUUUUUUUUUUCUGAUAUUGUUUUAUAUUUUCCUGAAGAAAAUUGUGUGAUAAAUAAAAAUAUAAUUUGUAAAAUAAUAAAGGUUGUUCCUACAGUCUGUACUAAUGUAGAGAUUAGUGUUUCAUUUCUGUACAUAGAAAAUUAAAAGCUUAUACAUACGUA